AUGAAAUCAUCAGUCUUAAGUUUGUUAACUAUCGCAGCAUCUGCUUUAGCUGCUCCAUUGCAACAUCAACACCACCACCAUCACCAACAAGAAAAGAGAGAUGCUGUCACCAAGGUUGUUUAUGUUGACGGAAAUGGAAACACCGUUACUGGUCCAACUGCUUCUGCUUCAUCUGCUUCUGCUUCAUCUGCUUCUGCUUCUGCUCAAUCGACCAUUACCCCCGCUUCAUCUUCAGCUGCGGAGACCACCCAAGAUGCUGAAACUGCCUCUUCAUCCGCUUCAACUUCAUCUUCUUCAUCAGAUGACGACUCCUCAACCGAAACGGGUUCAUCAUCCACUGGUGACUCAUCAAUCGCUGGUGACUUGGAGGCUUUUGUUAACCCAACUGAAAAAUUCGAAGAUGGUGUCCAUUCAUGUGAUUCAGUUGUCACCGGUCAAGGUGUUAUUGCUGUUGAUUGGCUUUCAGGUUUGAACGGUGGUUGGACCACCAUUAUGAAUGAAAAUGGUGAUACUUCAUCCACCUGUAAAGAUGGUUACUACUGUUCAUACGCUUGUCAAGCUGGUAUGUCAAAGACACAGUGGCCAUCAGAACAACCAAGCAAUGGUAUCUCCGUUGGUGGAUUGUACUGUAAGAAUGGUAAAUUGUACAGAUCAAACCAAGAUGAGGACUACUUGUGUUCAUGGGGUGCAAACAGCGUUCAAUUUGAUUCACAAAUCUCCAAGGAUGUUGCUAUUUGCAGAACCGAUUACCCAGGUUCUGAAAACAUGAACAUUCCAACUUUGUUGUCUGGUGGUGGAUCUGCUCCUGUAGCUGUUGUUGACUCAGACGAAUACUACAACUGGAAAGGUGGAAAGACUUCAACUCAAUACUAUGUCAACAAUGCUGGUGUUUCUGUUGAAGACGGUUGUGUUUGGGGUACUUCUGGAUCCGGUGUUGGUAACUGGGCCCCUGUGGUUCUUGGUGCUGGUACUACUGGUGGUAAGACUUAUUUGUCGUUGAUUCCAAACCCAAACAACACUGAGAAACCAAACUACAACAUCAAGAUUGAAGGUGACGACGUUAAUGGUAACUGUAAAUACGAAAAUGGACAAUACAAUGGUUCUGGAUCUGAUGGUUGUACCGUGACUGUCAACUCUGGUGAUGCCAAGUUUGUUUUCUAUUAA